GAGUGAUUUAAUUUUAAGAAAGGAUAAACUGCCUAGUAUUCGGCUCGUCCACAGUAAAGCGUAGCUUCAUACGUUCACCAUGGCAACCUAGCUCCGCCCGCUCUACCUGAAUUAUCUCGGAACAGGCGACCAGUGUCAUCUGUAUUAUUUAUUAAAAUCCAAUCCCCCAAAACGCAUUUCCUUUGUAACGACUUACAGCACAAGUAAUUGUUAUUCUUUUACAUACAUUACAUAAGUCAGUGAGUUACCCGGCGGACUAGAGGUUUUUUUUUUUUUUUGUGAUUUACAGAAGUGUGAGGUUGAGGGACGAGGUUGCUAACGACUGAACUGGAAAUCUUUGAAUGGCAAUGUAGAUUUGCUGCACAAGAACACAGUCGGAAUGGAUCACUUAGAGGCUUCCUCAGAUCUAGACACAUCUGAUGAACUGUCAGAGGACUGUGAGAUAACUUUUGAAAGAGGUGUAUUGAGUGGAGACCUAGAGGAAGAUGGUGAUUGCCAAGAACGACCAGGGUCUUUACUGUGGGAGAAAUCAUUUGAACAAAAUAUAUUUGUUGACAUUGAGGAUGAUGGUAGCUUCCAUUUCAGGGACCUGCAGGAUUCCUUCACUUUUCAGCUAUCUCAGGAUUCAGCUGAAGACACCAGUCUUAAUUCAAUUGGAGAACAUAUGGAAGAGUUAGAUUAUUAUGGAAACAUUCAAGACAAAACAACUUCUGAAAGCAGUUUUGAGAUCCACAAUGUACAUGGUACUAAAAGUAGUAUAACCAGAAUAUCUGAGCAGAGACACAACACUGUGGAAGAUCUACCACUUCACACUCCAGAUCUUCUUGUAGACACGAGUGAUGAAGAACAAGAAGACCUUCCUUAUGAUGACAACUAUGAUAGUAAUAAUAAAGCUAUCACCACUAACUCUAAUAUGGAUGACUACAGGAUACCACCAGCUAUAUCAAGCAAUCUCUUUACAGGCCAUCUGUCUAAUAUACGAGAUGCUGGUGAAACCAACAAGAAUACAAAUGAGUUUUCUUUUCCUGUUUGUGAAUCUAGAUGUGAAACAGAUAACAAUGAAAAUGAAAUUGACACUAUUUCUGAAGCUACCAAAGUUCCCCUCAAAAACGAUCACCGGCUUAGUACCUCUUCUCCUGAGCUCAACUGUUUUGAAGGAUCUCAGACAGGGAUUCCAGAGGUUUUACUUCGGCAUUUCUCUGAGGAAAACUUAUUUAGUUCAAGUAAAUACAUUGAAGCAGAGACCAUGCCUGAGACUUCUUUUACUGAAAGUGUUGAAACCGAAACAGUGCUAAACCGAUUUAAAUCUAACCAUAAUUCGCCCAAACAUAAUGAAGGGAAAAGGCUGCUGGGAAAAGACCUAAGUAAAGUUACAGAGGUAAAAACUGACCCCAGUGAGCAGCGUGAAGAAGAAGAUACCUCAAACAAUCAGACAGUACUUUACACUGAGUCUCAGAAAACAGAAGAAAUCUCAAGUGCUGAAAGCAGUAAUACAGAAACUCAGGAUGAAGUAUCAGAUCAGUUAAACGGUCCAGAUAGUCCCGAAAUUAUAGACAAUGAAGGGAACCAAAGCCAAAAAUCUCUGUUUGGGAGAGCAGGCUAUUGUAAUGAAAUCAAAUAUGGACAAGGUCAGGUUCACUACCCUCUUCCUGACUUUUCCAAAGUGGCCCCAAAAAUUAAGAUCCCAAAGGGAAACAGUGCUACAAAUUUGAACAACUCAACGCCUGGCAUUAAGAGGACAGAGUCCUCCCCAAGCUUGUUAAGCAAUUCUACCACCUCUUUGAAAUCAGCUGUGGAUGUAGUGAAAGAGGUUCUAGACGCCAUACAGCCACACGAAACACCCUUUGAUUUCAGAGACCAACAAAAGAGACAAUACAACCCAAAACAGAACCCAGAACUUGUUCAGCAUUUACAGGAUGAAUAUGACAAAUUAUUAACAAAAUACGCUGAAGCAGAAAACUUAAUUGAUCAGAUGAGACUAGGUGCUAAAAUUCCCCUGCUCUCUGAUUUUCCAAAACCAAUUGAAAACAUUGACUCUGGAGUUAUGCCUCCUCAUGCUAAUAUCACAACCUUCAGGAUUGCAUAUCCAACCACAGCUCAAUUAGGAUCCACACCAAGAUCACCUCUUACAGGAUCAACAAUGGACAUUCGAGAUACUGUAGUGCCGAACAAUAAUGAUGGAGACACAACUCACCAGGAGCCAACCGAGGGAGAAAAGAUGACUCAGGCACUAAAAGAAAUGAUAGACCAGUUUACAGCAAAGGUGGAUGAGUUCAAAAGCUGUCUUAGCUCAGGCACAUUAACAGUGGAAGAACAGCAAGAGAUUUUUAAGAGUAUGAUGGAUGCCCAGGAUAAAUUAGAAAGGGGUUACAUCUCCCAAAAAGAUGGACAUCGUGCUCUUGAACUUCGAAAUUACAUGGGCGAGACUGAAAACAUAGGGGAGUUUGAUCCUGAGAGGCAGGUGGAAGGGGAGAUAUUUAAAAUAGGAAUGUGCCUUGAAGACCUCAAAGAGCAAAUUGAUGAAAAUGUGUGCAAUCAACCUUCCCUGCCAGCAUUCACCACAUCAAACCCUUUGCCAUCAGCUGUGCCCAUCUCCUCAUCCCAUACACGAUUGCAUGAGAGGCCAAGUCUUUAUCAGUCUUCAGAAGACUGUAGAAUGUUGGAGAAGGAAGUAAGGUCAGUCAGUGAGGAUAAUGAUCAAAUACUAUGUACUGCUCAUCUCAACACUGAACAGGUUCAUAGUCAACGGUAUUUCUGUGAAAGUUCUGAUAUGUCACAGGAAAGUUUGGAUGUUACUUUGUAUGAGGAUGACAGUUGUAAUCCAUCUGCAGCAACAGUAAAAGCAAAAGAUAUCGUCUAUAAUGGAAUAUCUACAGAACCAAGGCAUACCCAGGAAAGCAGACUGCAGACUCCUGAACUCCAACCUCUCAUUUGCUUGUCAGAGACUUUGUCUUGCAGUGCUGCUUUGGAAGGUCUUCCUCACUCAUCAUGUAAUCUGUCUGUAAAGCUACAUGGCAGCUCAUUUCAACAACCAGAUUCACUGGAGCAGAGAAUAUUGACCCCUGAAACAGACAGUGGCUUUGGAGGUUCUGUGGCUUGUCGCCCAGCCACAGCAGUGUUUCAAACACACUCUUAUCAGACAGCUACAGAGAGGUUCAUGUUUCCAGUCCUUACGAAGAAACAGUCUCCUACCAUGAAAACGACCAGGUCUUGCAGCUCAGCUAGUGAUGUGUCAUCCUCCUGCACAGAGAUGGAUAACACAAGACCCACAGAUUCCCAAGGGUGGAACGAUGCUCUUGGAUUGGCUGAUCUGUCUGGUGGAAGCACAGUGGGCCACUGGACUCACAGUGUUGUGAGUGACAGUAAUCCCACUGAAGAGCAAGGAAGGAUUGCACAACUAUCUAGUCAUCUCAUAGAUGAAAGUUCAGACGAUCAUCUCUUGUUACCCACACCAUGGCAUUGUAGCCCUCCUGUCCCAACACUGGGUAACGUGACCUCUACUGCGGAUAAGGAUUCCCACCCAUGUGCUUUUCAGAAUGAAGCAAUUCUAGCUCUUCAGUCUGAAGUAUCAAGGCUGAAGAAAGAACUGGAGAAAAGUUUGUCUAGUCUGCCUCAGAGAUCCAAGAGAAUGGACGUCGCUAACUCCAGUCACAAACAAGAGAAGAGAUAUAGCACAAGUUCACAGUCGCACAAUAGGGUUGCUUCUUGCAGUGGAAGGAAGCAUAUGCAGUACAGAAACAAGAAAGUGUUCACCAUCAAUAGGGAUUUAAGUUCUCAGAAAGUGGAUGACUGGAUUUCAUCAGAUCUGGAACCAAGUACUGAUAGUGAAGGCUCUUCACAUUCUUUCUCACCAUCUGUGUCACACCCCUUGCAUUACAAAGCUGACAGAAAGAGUUACAGAAGACCUAACCGCUCUGAAGAACGUGAAGAUUCAUGUCUAAUUAAACACCAGUCAACAGAUGAUUAUACUUUCAGCAGCCGACGACGAAAACACUCAAGUGCAUCAAUAAACAGUCAGUCCUACUUGCGUAACAGUGAAAGUCGUCACUCAUCAUCAGCAGAUGAUCUGAAUAGUGUUUCUAAAGAGAAGAAUGUACAUCAGUGCAGAAGAAACACAAACAAGAUUGUAUCACAUGGCAAUACUGGAUCAAUCUGCAGUUUGUCACUAAGCUACAUGGUACAGCAGUCUUUAGUCCCACACAAUAGAAGAGGCUCCACCCAAUCAGACUCAGCCCUUCUUACCAGUAGAAUCUAUCCAAGGAGAUCAACAGCUACCACUGACCUUAAUGGUGCACAUUUACACAAAACAUUAGACAGAGCCAUAGAGGCUGCACAAACCUUGAAGAGAACCACAGACAGAAUGGCAAAAACUCUUUCAGCUGAUUUCGCCAAAGCCGAGUCAUACAGAAAAAUGCAUGGGCUGUAAUCAUUGAUCAGUACAGUAAAUGCAGGCUGGGCAAGUAAUCAGCAAGAAUGAAAGACACAGACAUUCCAGCUUUCAGACCCUGGCUGUGCCGAGGACUUCACAGCACACCUCAUCCGUGAAGGUCCCCAACACACAAGACGCAACAUCUCUAGCUUCUCCUUGGCUUGUUGUAACUUGCAUUCAAUUAAAAAAUACACAAUAAAAAUGUGUUGAACUGGAUAUAAUCCCUCCUUACUGUUAUUUACUGGAUGGAAAAUAUUAGUUUUAGUCUGUAUAUUUUACAGAUAAUUUUAUCAGUAUUCUUCAGUCUAUAUACUUUUAAAACCUGUUACAGAAAAAAGCCCUCUGCCACAAGUUGUGGAACAUUUUAGACACUUAACAUUCCAUCCUUUUGAACAGGUAUUGCAUAAAAAAGGAAAUUAUGUUGUGCAACUUUUGGUCCACCCUGUUUAGUUCUACACCAAAUGUAUUGCAACCUUCUUUUAGAUUGCGGUGAAUGUGUUACAAAAUUGUUAUUUUUUUUCGUUGUUUCAUUUACUGUAUUUAUGUUUUGAGUUCUCAAAGAAUGUAUUAGCAGAUGUUUUGUUAAAAUAAUAUAAAUUCUAAACAGUACUAU